AUUACAUAAUCAAUGGAAAUUGCCGGAAUGUUUUGCACAUGUCUCCAUCUGAUCAAGUUGAGCUGUGGCGCGCUGUCGUGGAUGGUAUGUCAGCCUGUUAUGCAUUAUGUCUGUCUUAUACUUUUUAAUGCUGUCAUAACUCAUAAUACUUCUUGAACCAACCCAUGGAAUCUUUCUGCACAUCCAAUGAUGCUGAAAUCAAACUCAUCGGCAUCCUAGGGUUCAAUUAUUAUGUUCUUUUCUUUCAAAAUUCAAUAUUGUUAUGAUAGAAAAAGACAGAGCUAGGAUAUAUGAAAACACAAAGAAGAAUUGAAAAUGAUUCUGAGUCAAGUAUUGUUUUCUUUUGGUAGUCAGACAUUCAUUCUUUCUUUGAGCAAUCAAAUUAUAAUCUUACAGCAAUUAGACACUUUGAUUAUUGAAGGGGUACUGUCACAUUCCCAUGAUACAAGUGUCUGGCUUCUUGUAUUGGUUAAGACAGUUCUGUGCCUGGGCUGGGUGCUCUUUUGCUUGGCCAAUGCUGAAUUGGGCUCUGAGGAUUAAAGUGACAUUAGAUUACCUCCCUUUAGGAACCCUUUCUUGUGAUGGCUAUGGCCCUUUUCUGUUGUUAGUUUUACUCGUCGAUUGAACACCCCUUUACUACGACUCGAGGGUAAGUGUGUUUGAUUUAAGGUUCCUUUGGCAUGGCAGUCAAGUUUUGUAGCAAGUACCAUUCUUUUUAACAGGUGAUUGAGCUAUGAUGUGGUUUGCUUCAACGUCUAGGAUUUGAUUCUCAGCAUCUUCUUCCUAAAGGACCAUACGAUUUCGAGCGCAACUGCAACCCUGGCAUUGAGAUGCACCUCUUGCCAUGGUAAAAAGAAAAACACAGAAACACAUUGCUUUUGUUUUUAAGAGAAAAUAAAAAUGAAAACCUCGAUCCCUUAGAAGAUACUGUGUGUUUUUCUUGGUGAAAAUACCAAUUAACAUGCUUUAAUGUUGCUUCAUAUCCGGCAUGGCAUAACAACCGUCCAUACUGGUGAAGACAAGCUUAAUUUGUUUGAGCAUGUUCGACUUGUAGAGUACCCAUCACAUAGUGGCUUGAUAAUCACAAAGUUUUAGUUGCUUACGGAGAAAGAAAACAAGAAAAAGACUUGGAGAACAUCACCUGAUGGGGUUUACUUCUCCUAUAUAAAUAAGCCAUCUGAUCAUUCUCAUCUUACACCCACCAGCAGAAAGAGAAGGGUUGCAGGAGAGACUGGCAAAAAGAUGUCUAAGGAAGACUUGCUUCUCUUGGAUUUCUGGGUGAGCCCAUUUUGCAUGAGGGUGAAAAUAGCUUUGGCUGAGAAGGGUUUGGACUAUGAAUCAAAAGAGGAGGAUUUGUUUGGUGGGAAGAGUGAGUUGUUGCUGAAAUCAAACCCUGUUUACCAGAAGGUGCCUGUGCUCUUACACAAUGGUAAGCCACUGAAUGAGUCCGCUAUCAUCGUUGGCUACAUUGAUGAGAAAUGGCCUUCACCCCCAUUGCUGCCAGCUUGUGCAUAUGGCCGUUCCCAAGCCCGUUUCUGGGCUGAUUACAUUGACAAGAAGCUAUUUGAUGCAACCUGCACUGUCUGGAGGAGUACAGGAGAGGCUGUGGAGGUAGCCAAGAAAGACUUCAUUGAAGUUCUGAAGGUGUUAGAGGAAGCCCUUGGGGAGAAAACAUUCUUCGGUGGUGAAACCUUUGGGUUUGUCGAUAUAGUGGCAAUCCCUAUGGCCAGCUGGUUUUAUGCCAGUGAGAAGUUUGGAAACUUCACAGUCGAGGCCGAGUGUCCCAAACUAUCAGCUUGGAUUAAGAGGAGCAUGCAGAGGGAGAGUGUGGCCAAAGUUCUUCCGGACCCAGAAAAGGUCUAUGACUUUGUUGUCAUGUUCAGAAAGAUGCAAGGCAUCGAGUAGUCAAAUGCAUGCAUAUAUGCCCUUUCAACUCUGUGCAAUAAUUAGAUUUAUGCACAUUUGAGUUUAGCGUUGUCAGCUAUAAUAGUCUCUUUCUGGUCCUUUCUUCUCUUUUUCAGUAAGGGGGAAAAAAUAAGGGAAAAUAACCAUUUUUCUCAACUCACCUGUUUACCUGUAUCUGUGAAUAAGAAAGGGAUAA